AAAUUAAUCAAGUUUCUGGUCAUAAAGAAAUGAUAAAAUGAUACAAAUUAUUCUGUGCCGUGAAGGAUGAUGAAAGAAGCAGUCGAUAGCCCUUGAUCGACGCUAUGUAAGGCUAUAAUUUUGACAUAAUCUUCAAAAUUUGUAAAACUUUUCGGCACAAUAUUUUCCAAAUUGUGAUAUUGAUAUUUAUCUUAUAAAAUCAACAACUAUGUGUACUUGCAAUGACAAUAAUACAGAAGAAUAUCAUACUGCACUUUCCGAGUUGGAGUACAUUAAUUCCAGAAUGGCGUACAUCAACACGAUAUGAGGACAUUUCUCCACAAUACAUCACAACUCCAAGAAAAACAGAAGGUUAUCAAUGUCCUCGAAGAAGGCGUACAAGAGCCUCACGUAAAGAUAUUACAACUGGAGUAGCCAUUGUUCCGCGACGAAUUGAUUUUGAUGCCGCAUCAGAUGUCGAGGAUAUUGACAUCGAGGAAGAUAGGAGCGAGCAAGCGAGAGAAACAUUACAGCGAUUGAGAAGCGCGACAGAAUCUCCGAUCCCCACCCCCGAAACUGUUGCUCCUGGAAUGUAUAGAUUGGCACGCACAAGAGCGACACAAAAUUCACCGUAUGUAAGACAGUACGUGCCUAGGAUGGUUAGGAUUACAUCUUGCGGGAAAUGUUUGAGAAUAUAAAAGCACAUCGAAGUAACCGUGAAAAGCAAUUAACCAAUCUACACAAGUGUUGCAACAUAUGGCAUGACACGUAAAAAAAAAUAGAGAAAAUCCACGGCAUUAGGAACAGUCGUACGGCACAACAGUUUUAAUUGCAACAAGAAUUCACCGUCCUGUUUUGCGCUCUUCGAAAUUCACGACCACGGAUUGUGUUUUGUACGCAAGUACGCAUGGACCAGGGAAGUUGGCCCAUCGCUGGAACGUAAGAUCGUUCGUGUUUGAGAAUGUUUAAUGCAUGGACCGCGCGGUCGUAGGUAGGUGAACGGUUAACCGAUGUUUGUAUGGCUGUACUCCCAGCACAGAUCCCGGAACACCGAAGAUAUCGUAGAAGUACUGCGCAAACACUCCGACUGACUGUUUCUCAAUCAGAGUCGCGUAUACGGAAGGCACGCGGUUAUAGCAGCACUCGGUACACGCCUGUUUUCACGGUCAUUCCAUCACCGAAGUGCGCAAUUUGUCAUCAUAUAAAACACAUAGCUUUAAAAUAUACUCAAUUUUAAAGAUGCGACUAUAUAUCUCCAUUCGAAAAUGAAUAAUUCAUUUAGCUAAUAAUUGCACAAAUUUAUCAAUAGAAUUUAUAUUAAUCAAAAAUAAAAUAUCUUUCCGACAAGUUGGAUCAAUUGAAAGUCUGUCAUACAUAUGAUUGAUAUUUAGAACGUAAAAUCUGAAAAUUCAGAGUAAAAAUAAGAUUAUUUUUGUACAAAUAAACUUUCAAAAAUAAAA